CAAAGUGGAUCGUGCCAUCAAUUGGAGCGAGAUGAAAGCCGCCGUCUUCUUGUUCAUUGCUUUGGUAGGAUUUGCCACCGCCGGUCCUUUGCAGGGUCGCGGAAGGCUUUAUUUCCCGGAGGAGGAAGAUCCUAAUAGGAUUGAGUACUUUUACUGGGAGGACGAUGAGGGUUUGGUUCACAGAGAGGAUUUGGUUGGAGCCGUGAAUGAGAGGAAGGCCGAUAUCAGCGACGUCACCAUCUACCUGUACACUAAGAGCAAUCCUUCGGCGCCGGAAACAAUCAAACCCGCUGACUUCAGCACGAUGACUUCCUCGAAGUACUACAAAUCGUCGAGGAAGAACGUGGUCAUUACUCACGGCUGGAAGAAUAGCCACGAGAGCCCUGUUAACACGCUGAUCAGAUCCGCUCUGCUGAAGAAGCACGACGUGAACGUGUUCGUGGUUGAUUGGCACGAGCCCGCCAGCAAGAAUUACAUCUCGGCACAUGGUUCCGUUCGUGACGUCGGCACGAUCGUCGGGAACUUCAUCAACAAGCUGAUGACUCAAUACGGACUCACCGGCAAGAACUUCAACCUGAUAGGUCACAGCUUGGGAGCUCACAUCUCCGGAUGUGCAGGUGCUGCCAUGAAGACCAAGGCGGAUUACAUCAUCGGACUGGAUCCAGCGCUACCACUCUUCUCCAUGGGUAAUACCGACAAUCGCAUUGAUCCAUCGGAUGCCCAGUUCGUUCAAAUCAUUCACACCAACGCCGGACUUCUUGGAUUCUCCAGUUCCAUCGGUCAUGCUGAUUACUACCCCAAUGGUGGUAAAAAGCAAAUCGGAUGUGGCGCCGAUCUUACCGGAACUUGCUCACACUCCAGAUCAUACAUGUACUUAGCCGAAUCCAUCCAGAAUUCUGGAUUCACCUCUCACCUCUGCAACAACUUCGGUGACUACGAUAAAGGAAAAUGCAGCGGAAACCACAAAUCCUUCCUUGGUAAAUUUACCAUCGACAGAACCGCUUCCGGCGACUAUUUCCUCGCCACCAAAGAAAAGGAACCAUUCUCUUUAGGAUAAUCCAUCGCUUAUAUUAACCCUUAUUAUGAAUCUUAUAGAUUUCUAAUACCUAUAUCCCUGAAUAAACGCAUUAUCAAAAUAAAAUAAACUUCUAAUCUACAAAUA